GCGCUGCUAGGGAACGAUUUCAGUCCAUCAGUGGCAACCCGAUCGACUGUUGCUUGGAUUCGAACCGUUGCGCGUUGCCGUCGCGAUCGUCUGCCAUACACAACCAACAACAAAGGCUGAAACCAACCCGAUCACCUUUCAACAAAAGUGAGGGAUAGUAGAAAAUAGUGAAGGAAAACCACCGACUAGUGUCGCUCACCUGUUGGAUGCUGCUUUAUUCGAAUUGAAAAGGUAGAUUUUCAUUUCUCAUCGAUACUUUAAUUUCAAAGUGCUUACAAAAAUUGUUAAGUGCAAAAAAGGAAAAAAACCCGUUCUUGCCUGGCCAUAGGAAAGUGAAAAUCAGUGAGUGAAGAACCAAAGAAGUCGUUGACCUACUUUGAUUCGUGCAGGCUCAACAAUACACACCUGGGAUGAUGGGAUACGCCGCUCCGAACACGUCAAAAGCGUAAUUUCAAACACAAUCCGGCACUCCAUCAACAUCACCCAACGCACCGAGAACCGCUCUCCUCGUCCCGCGCUCCACACCAUAUCCCCCCCUCACAUACCUAUGAAACAGCCAUGAACGCGUGGUCGUAGGUAAUGGUUGCCCAUAACAGCUGCUGUUUGGUGCAGAAAACAACGAACCGUUCGCACGGCGGCAGCGUGGUUGCACAAUGUCGAACGGCUUCUCCCGCGCCACCGCCAUCACCUGCUUCAGUUGGGCGUGGGAAGUCUCCGAACUGCUGCGCUGUUGAACUUGUCCCGCGCUCUGUUUGCCACCCUAAUCACCGACCGGCAAACCAACCGAUGGGGCGGCGCCUUUUUAUGCGUGAGGGCGGAAUCAGUGCGUGAACGACGAACUUUUGUGGAUUAUUGGUGGAAGUUGGUGGAGGUUCUUGCAGAAUGGCAGCCACCGAAGUUGCGGUUCCCCAUAUCACACCGCAGACGAUCGUCGGCGCUGAGGAGGGUAAAGAGCUGAACGGGAUAGUGUUCGAGUCCUUCAGCCACACCGGGACGAUCCUCAAAGGACUGAACGAACUGCGCCUGAAAGGGGUGCUGGUGGACGUGACGUUGCGAACCGAUGGGAAGGUGUUUCGGGCCCAUCGUGCCGUCCUGUCAGCAUGCAGCGAAUACUUCAGGGCCAUGUUUUCGGACCAUACUCGCGAGUCUCGCCUCAGUGAAAUUAACCUACACAACAUUUCCCCACUGGGCAUCGAGCUACUCCUGGAUUACAUCUACACUAGCAAGCUGGCCCUGAAUCUGGCCAACAUUCAGGAAGUGCUCUCGGCAGCAAGCUACAUUCAGCUGGAGUCCGUCGUGGAAGCCUGCCUCAACUACCUGGACCAACAGCUGGACUUGGACAACUACAUCGACGUGUUGAUCAUUUCGGAGAUGUACUCGCUGAAGCGGUUGAACCACAAGGUGUACCGCUUCAUCUGCCACCACUUGAAUGUGAUAUCGAAAUCGCCGGAGUUUUUCCGACUCAGUGAACGACAGAUCGAGCUGAUCCUGGCCGGGGACUACCCGGUGACCUGUACGGAGAUCGAAGUGCUCGGCAUUCUGCUCCGGUGGAUUCAGGUGAACUGCGAUGAACCGGUUUCGACGGUGACGGCUGUGACUGCGGCCAACUAUCGGCAGUUGAUCCGGAACAACAUACGAUUUAUGGACAUUUCACUGCAAGAGCUGUACAAUCUGCUCUGCUCCGAGGAGUUCCAGUUUAGGUGGAUUGACAGAUACGAGUUGUACGAUUUCAUCAUGAAGAUCGGCGAGCAGCAGUGCAUCAAGUACAAGAUAUCCCCGCUGAACAAGAUCCAGAACUACCGUGGACUGGAGUUGGCCAUCAUAAAAAUCGGCGGCUUCGACCUGUCCGGCAUUACCAACGAGAUUACCUACUGCUUCCCGGGAGAUGGCGCCCAUGGUCAAGCGUCAUUAUCAUCGUCAACAUCGGCUUCGUCGUCAUCCACCGUAGCCGGCAAAGUCAAACUGAGCAGGAACCACUCGAGCCCGGAGAGUGGGUCCGAUUCGGUAACGAUACGUUUUGUGGAUCGAACGAAACGGAAAGACGUCAAGCUGAACGGCAAGUGGCGAUAUCUGACGACAAUUCCGCACAUCAAGCAGAGCAACUUCGGCGUGGUGGUGUUGAACAACCAUCUAUACGUCAUCGGAGGGUGUUACGACAUUUCGCUGGAGGAGUACAUCCAUCCGUUCGGCUUCCGCUACUGCCCGAUCAAGAACAAAUGGGAGACGAUUGCACCGUUGCAACAGGAUCGCUGUAGAUUUUCGUUGAACGUGGUUGGGCACAGUUUGAUUGCGGUGGGCGGUAACAGCGAGAUGGACGACGACGGAGAUCGAUCGGUGUCGACUUGUGAACAGUAUGAUCCCGUGGCGGAUAAGUGGACCUACAUCGAAUCGCUUCCGGAGUAUCGGACGCAACAUGCUGGGGCUGCAUUCGGCGCCACGUUGUACGUUUCCGGAGGCUUGGAUCUGUACGGCGGAGUGUUGAACAGUCUGUGGAGUUACUACAGUUUCAACGAGAAGUGGGAAAAGCUGCCGAAUAUGCUGCACCCUCGGGCGGAUCAUGUUAUGUUCACGAUCAAUCGGAAGCUGUACGUCUGCGGUGGUUGGUACGAGGUCAACGGACAGCGCGUCUUGGCCGAGAGUAUCGAUUGUUAUGAUCUGUUCAGUAAAAGUCCGGCGUGGCAUCAGGUGACCCGGAUUCCCACACCAAAGUAUCAUGCCGGGAUUGUUGCAGUUCAGGAUAAGAUCUACAUUAUUGGAGGAUUCUGUUCCGACGAUAUCUUCCGCCAUACGGCUGCAAGCGUUGAGUGCUACGACGUGAACGAGGAUCGAUGGUACAACCUCAAGAAGUAUCCUAAGAAUGUUUGGGAGCAUACAUGUGCAAAUCUCUAUAUUCCCAAAUAUCGGGACGACAUGGAGGUUAUCGAUGACAACGGCGAGGAAGAAGACAAGGACGAUGAUGACGACAGUGAUAAUGCUAGUAGUACUGCCAUUUGAAGGAGAAUUUCUUACCAAGAUAAGCUCUCUGCAGUUUUAGACUUUGUAGCCUUAAAAACGAUUAUUUAUUAAUAAACUAUACAUAUUUAUUGACUAUGGGA